AUGAACGCUCCAACAACAUAUGAGCAAUUGACCGAAAAGAUCAAGUUGCUACAUCCUUUCGUCGAACCAAAAGAUGUCUCAAUCUACAACGAUCCUAUUUACCCGACCAACCUUCACCCCAAAAUCGCAACCAUAGCAUCAUUGAUGAACGAACUCUACACCCUAUUCAUCGACAUGCAAUACAUCCCCGCCUCCUCCGUUUCUUUCGCCCCCCACACCACCAACCCAAUAUCUCUCCGCCAUGCCGCUCUCUUCGGCCUCGAAAAACAAGUCGUGGAUUUAUUGCAGAUGCUGCCUUACCACGAUGGAAGCCAGCCGAAUUGGAAUUUCGGCAGCGACAAUGGAGAGUUUUUGUUCGGAGGCGAAUUUGACGAUGAUUUGAGAGGGGAAGAAGAGGGUAUAGAGGCGGUUUGGUGGAGGAAGUGUGUGGAUCCGCUGUUUUAUUUGGAUGUUGAUUGGAAGGGGAAGAGAGCGGUGGGGUGGAAUUUGAGGUGUGAGGAUGUUGAUGAUGAGGGGGAGGAGAUGGAGGAAGAGGGCAAGAAACAGGAGCAGAAAGAGGGAUGGUUGAUGAUGUACAACCAUCAAGACGAUGAUGACGGAGAAGAAGACGAAGACGAAGACUGGGACGACAACAUGACCGCCGAAGACGAAAGCUCUUUCGAAGACUCGGACGAGGAUGACAUCGAAAGCGAAGAACUUCUCGCACUACACCAAGAAACCAUUGAAGCAGAAGCCGCCGAACAGAAAGAAGCAGCACUCCAGGCUCAAGUGGAAGAAGCAGAACGGGCCAAACGACACACCUUGGACAACGACCCAAGAGACGAACGCCUCCUCCUCUACCUCCGCCCCUGGCACGUCACCCUCAACAAACUAGGAAACCACGGCACAGUACUCUUCCUAAACACCCACACCUUCACAAUCUCCCAAACCGACCAAGAAGCAGGCACAAUCUGCAACUUCACCCACAACGCAAUUCCCUACCUUCGAAACGUCAUAAACAAGUUCAAGACAUUGGACUGGAUACCAGGAGGUCUAUACUCCCCAAACCACGGCGUUGAAUACGCUGCUUACAAGAAUCUCUACCUCUCCUCCGGAUGGCCCAACGCCUUCAACCCCGACAAAUUCCACGCACUAAGGAAACAAUUUGAAAAAGACCAACGUCAACGAUACCACGAUCAAGAGCCCCUGAGGAAAUUUUGCGAACAUGUCGGUACCAUGCAAUCGCGCGAACUGAGUAAACUACACCACGCCUCCGCAGUCCAAAAACUAUCCACUCUACCACAAUCUCCCACCCACAUGGAGGAAAGAGAAGAAUUACAACGCAUAAAAGCACGAUGUGGAAAGGAAUUUCUCCCCGAGUAUUACAAGCCCAUCAGCAUUGAUAUACUCACCAGCUAUCUGAAAUCCGUUCAACAACAGCGCGAAGAGGGAAGAUCAGAAGACGAGAUCAAAGGAUUAAAAACACUUAUUGCGGAAACAAAGGAAGGAAUGACAGCAGCGAGUUUUGAAGAUAGGGAUUGGAUCAUCUAUGAUAUGAGAAGAAAACAAGCGUUGGAAGUUGAAGAGGAGGUGAAAGAAGGAUUUGAUUGGACAAGUGCUUGGAGAGGUGUUAGUGUUGAUCUUGAUGUUGUGCUUACGCAAGAGGGGUUGGAAAAGAUGGCUAGAGAGAGGUUUGGAAAGUAUCAUGGGUAG